UGGAAUCUAUGUUCAGCAGAAGAUGUUAAUUUGGUUUAUAUAUACACCUAAUCUAACCCUUUGAUGGAUGGAUGAAUGAUGAAUUGAUGAUGAUAAUAGCGUUACUAUUUAAGGUGGCUGACGUAUUUGUCAUGUUGUGGGAAAAGUCAGCGCAGAUAAUUUAUAGUUAGUGUGCAACCACAACAAUGGCCUGGGAAUGGAACAAACCGUCAUGAAACAAAAGACGUGGUGGGUUCACCAUAAAUCUUGGUUUCUAAGCACUUCAGUCUAACAUCAAACUACACAAUCCAACCCCACACUCUCCCUCUUUUUUCUCUGACUUCUAUUCUUCUUCUUCUUCCAUCUUCCUUAAUUUUAUCUGUCUCUUUUGUCUCCCUUCACAACUCAGAUUGUUUUGUUUGUUUGACAUCAAUUUAGAUCUCUUAUUUUCCUAUCUGGAGUUGGCUUUUCUUGUUUGCUAGCUGUUGGGACUUGGGAGCUGAACUCUUCUUUAUUCUCUAGUUGGUUGAAUUCCAGCCUUUUCCGUUUGGGUUUUGGUAGCAGAAGGCUGAAAAGGAUCCUGGUUUGCUUUUGAAGUCCCUACUUCUUCCAAGCUAAUAUUUAGCCGGUCUCCUGUGUCGAACUGAUAGUUGGAAAUGGGAGGUGCAGCGGGAAAGGGUGAAUCAUCUGAAAUGAUGUGGGUAGCAGAAACAAAACUAGAAGCUAAAAUGGUUGAAGCUAUGCAGCGAAGGGCAUCUGAAGGAACUGCAAUGAAAUCCUUCAACAGCAUAAUCUUAAAAUUCCCUAAAAUUGAUGAGAGCUUAAGGAAGUGCAAAGAUGAGGAUUCAAAUGGUUCAAUUGACCAUGAAGAGCUGAAAAAAUGUUUCCACAAGCUUGAAGUUUCUUUCACAGAGGAGGAGAUAAAUGAUCUGUUUAAGGCAUGCGAUAUCAAUGAGGAUAGGGGAAUAAAAUUCAACGAGUUUAUUGUAGUUCUUUGCCUUGUCUAUCUGCUGAAGGAUAAUGCUACUGCACUUGAAGCUAAAUCACGAAUGGGAAUGCCAAAUUUGGAGGCCACUUUCGAAACUUUGGUUGAUGCAUUUGUGUUUUUGGACAAGAACAAGGAUGGUUAUGUUAGCAAGAACGAGAUGGUUCAAGCCAUAACUGAAUCCGGGGAGCGUUCAUCUGGACGAAUAGCCAUGAAAAGAUUUGAAGAGAUGGACUGGGAUAAAAAUGGAUCGGUGAAUUUCAAGGAAUUUCUUUUUGCAUUUACAAGUUGGGUUGGAAUCGAUGACAUGGAAGACGAUGAAGAAGAGUAAGGGACGAUCUGAAUCAACAUAUAUAUAGCUUUAGCUAUACUUAUCAUGAGUCAUGGCUGGUAGCUAGCUAGCACUCAAGUUCCUACUUGAUCCUGUCUUUUUUUUUUUGUUUUUUUCAAUAAUGAUAUGAAUAUUCAAGUUGAUGUAGAAACAUAUAGGAUAAGAGUGAGUUGUGUGCAUUCCUUUAAAAUCUUCAUUGUAAAUGGUCUAAAAAUAAGAUGAAGGAGGUUGUAUCAUGCUUUGACCAUUAAACAACUCUGGCCUUUCUUGUAGUUUGGUUUUGAGUUUUGAUGAACCAAUAACAGCUUGUUGGCUGUCAUUCCUUGAAUGGAUGUUGAAUCUGCUUCAAAUAAUAUGCCCUGCCGACUAGCUAGAUGUGAAAUUGUGCACAGUAAGAGGUUUGUUUCUCAAAAUUUUUAGAUUCUUAAUUUGCGCAAGAAUUCCAUUUAAGUUUUUAAACAAAUACAUAAAUCAAAACUUUUCCAAUAAGCACAAUGUUUAGUCUGUAAAAUUAUAUUCAGCUUUUUUAUUUAGUCUAAUCAAAACAUGAUGCAUCCGAUCCGAUCCUUUCAUUUUGGCAAAUCCACUACAUGCUCUGCUCCAACAAUACCUAAUGGUAGGCAACACACACACACACAAACAGCUUUUCCUUUAAUAUCACUUUAGAAUUAAAAGGAGAUUGAAGCCAAUUUUCAGAUUCAAAUAAUAAAAUCCCCAAACUAUAUGAUGAUGGAUGAAUGCAGCGAAAGAAAGGGCAAGGAAGAGAGGAAAAGGGAAUAGAACCAGUUGCAGAGGCAGCAAAGCGCAUUUACUAACAAAGGAAAGAAUGCCUUCAAUAACACACACACACACACACACAC